AGUUCCUUCCAAAUUCUAAUCACACUCUUGGGCAAGUCUCUAAUUAUUCUGUACCUCAUACGAAGCAAAUGUAUCUUAUUUCUUCCAUAUUUGAACACCUCCAUUCGGGAGAGACUGGGAGAGAGGAGAGAGACGUGUGAUUUACACACACAGGACAAUGGCGACGGCGAUGUUGAGAUCUGUAACCCGAACGGCCGUCCGCGGUGGUUCACAGUCUCCGGCUUCCAAGCGAACCUUCGCAUCCUCUUCCCGCCAUGAUGACGCUUAUGAAGCGGAAAAGUGGGAAAAGAUUACUCAUGCAGGCAUUGCCGCGUGCACUGUUUAUGGGAUCUAUACUCUUUCCAAGGGUCAUCCCCACUACGAAGAGCCUCCUCCAUACCCAUAUCUGCAUACUCGCAACAAGGAGUUUCCAUGGGGUCCCAACGGCCUUUUUGAGAAGAAACACUGAACCUUGAGAGACAACAUCGUGGGAGUAAAGCUAGGAUUGAUGAUUGUUAGUCGAUCGUGUGAUGUCUUUUUAGCCACCUUGAAGUUCUCUAUGUAUGUUUUGCAUUGUGUACAUCUGAAGUGGACUUUGAAAGCAAUUAUGAGGUAGGUAUGUUGUAGUUUUGUGUUCUAAUAUUUUGUAAGUGAAGUGGUGUAGUUGUAUAGAAGUGGAACAUGCUUUACUAUUAGGUAGGAAAAGUGGGUAGUUCGUAUCAUUGUAUAAAGUAUUAUAAACACAAGGUUUCUAGCAGCGAAGAGGGGAGAUCAGUUGUUUGUAAUCAGAUCAUGUAGAAGUACAAAACCCUCCCAUUGAGCCCUUUAUUACAGAAAGUAGAUCUCUCACUCGUUCCUUGACAAAGGAACGGAACCCAUUGCCAUUGUACUUUAUGGAACCCUUGUUUUGGGACUUUAUGUUGCAGGUUGUUCAUCCUUCCAUGUUUCCUAUUCUGUCACUUUGUUUUUCAUACUAUGAUUGCUGCGAAAUAUAAUUUCCUGAAUAGUU